UAAAUGCACCGUGUGAACUAAUCUGUGCUAUGUUAUUAUUGUUUCUGUUUUAGUGUCGCGAGUGUUUUUGGAAAUAAUAAAAAAUUGUUUUUAUUAAAUUUGAAAAGAAUACAUGGUUUAAAGUAUUCUUAACAUAGUUCCAAAUAUGUCGCAAAAUUCUGAGAAACCAUCUACUCAGGAUGCCGCUGAUCCAACAGGCCCUACAGGGCGCAAGGGCGUGCUCAUAUCUUUCCGAACAGGCAAAACGAUGGAAAUACCCGAAAAAGACAUUCUUGGUCGAUGUAGGUUUGUUGGAGAAUUUGAAAAACUAAACCGCAUAGGUGAAGGUACAUAUGGAAUUGUAUAUAGAGCAAAAGAUAAGCUAAGUGGAAAUAUUGUGGCACUGAAGAAGGUAAGAAUGGAUGUGGAGAAAGAUGGUCUUCCAUUAAGUGGCCUUCGUGAGAUACAGGUGCUCAUGUCUUGUAUGCAUGAAAAUGUUGUCCAAUUGAAGGAGGUACUUGUUGGUCGGUCUUUAGAAAGUAUUUUUUUGUCAAUGGAAUAUUGUGAGCAGGAUCUGGCAUCACUCUUGGAUAACAUGUCAUCACCAUUUACUGAGUCGCAAGUGAAGUGCCUCAUGCUCCAAGUGUUGAAGGGCCUUAAAUAUCUCCAUUCAAAUUUCAUUGUACAUAGAGAUCUGAAAGUAUCCAACUUAUUGCUCACUGACAAAGGAUGCGUCAAAAUAGCGGACUUCGGGCUGGCCAGAUGGUUGGGCGUGGCGGCGCGGUCCGCGACCCCGCGCGUGGUGACGCUCUGGUACCGCGCGCCCGAGCUGCUUUUACAGGCGCCACGGCAGACGCCAGCCCUCGACAUGUGGGCCGCUGGCUGCAUUCUCGGUGAACUGCUCGCCAAUAAGCCUUUGUUGCCCGGUAGGACGGAAAUAGAACAGCUGGAGCUCAUUGUAGAUUUACUUGGGACUCCAUCUGACGCAAUAUGGCCGGAAUUCAGCGCCCUGCCGGCCCUACAAAACUUCACAUUGAAGCAACAACCAUACAAUAACUUAAAGCAACGGUUCCCAUGGCUCUCUGCUGCGGGGCUUCGGCUUCUUAAUUUCCUGUUCAUGUACGACCCUAACAAACGAGCCACGGCUGAGGAAUGUCUGCAGAGUUCAUAUUUCAAGGAACAACCUUUACCAUGUGACCCUAAACUUAUGCCCAGUUUUCCUCAACAUCGGAACAUGAAGGGACAACAAAAGACUUCAACCAAUCAAUUGAAUAUACCCUUGUCAAACUUAAACACGGGCGCCAAUGACCAGACUAAUAAUCUUCCCGCCAUCUCUGAUUUAUUGGGAUCUCUAGUCAAGAAACGAAGGUUAGAUUAAGUAAAAUUUAAAUUUAGAAUGUCUUAAAUUAAGUCUCAAAUAUAAAUUCAUGUGAUUUGAA